UGUGCGAACAGACCAUACCAAAGAAGAAGAUGACAGACGUGAUCCGCUAGAACGCGCCUUCGUCGCGGUUCGGGAUUAUGCAUAUCACAGUGCGAAAAGCAGCAGAUGGCCGUUUGGUUUUAUCCCAGUGCCAGAAGGACCACUUGUAUCAUUGCCCCUUCUGCAAGCCCUCAAUUUUCAAGCCCCGAGACUAUGCCGGUGUGUUGACACACAUUGAGUCGCACAGAUUGAAGGCUGUGCUGCAUAGAGAGUUCACAAUAUUCAUAUGCCAUCUGGAGUGCAGAGAAGCAAAGCAUUUCCACUGCCCAUAUUGCCCCAAGACCUAUGUAAAUAGGAGUGAUUUUACCAAACACAUUCCACAAUGUGAGUCAGUAUGUUAUCGAGCCCCAGGUUCAACGGCGAGAGCCCUAGAUGUAACCAGUGCAUCGGCGAGAGCCCCAGAUGUAACCAGUGCAUCGGCGAGAGCCCCAGAUGUAACCAGUGCAUCGGCGAGAGCCCCAGAUGUAACCAGUGCAUCGGCGAGAGCCCCAGAUGUAACCAGUGCAUCGGCGAGAGCCCCAGAUGUAACCAGUGCAUCGGCGAGAGCCCCAGAUGUAACCAGUGCAUCGGCGAGAGCCCCAGAUGUAACCAGUGCAUCGGCGUGCGGUUCAGCGUGUCCAGCUGUGAAACCUGCAGUCAAGCGGAAAAUCAAGUGUUGCAACUGCAGUUUGUGGCUUAACAAAAAAAAACUGAGGAAACAUCAACUUAGAAAACAUACAUCUGCUGAGAAGGGCAUUACAGCUCACUCCAAUCUCAAGGUUCAGUGCCUUGACCAGGACAAUUGGGUGUUUGCAGAGGAUGAACACAUCUACCCUGUCUCUCCUUCUUCUGUGCUAAUUCGGGAAAUGCUUACCAAGCAAGAGAUGAUACUGGAACAACAGACACUCAUCCUACGACUCUUACAAACAGCACAGCAGAAUGGAGCAGAAUAUGCGAUCGAAGGAGGCCUUCUGCCAUUGAAGGAUCAACAAAGUCUCCAGAGGCUGGAAAUCGAUCUUCAGGGGGCUGACUUCAAACUUAAACUGAUUAACCACUUGAGCCUCGUUGGGGGAUGCGAUGUGAAGGAUGUCGUGUGGCGUUUAAUGAGGCACACAAUUUCCAAUGCGCUGGCAAAAAACAUGAAUAGGAAAAUCUCUCUUGGAUCUCUUCGACUGAGAGAGGUUUUGAUUGCUGUUGUCCGGAAGAAUCCGUUAACAUCUAAAGCAUCCGAGAGCGAUGUGGAGUCUGUCAUGAAAAAGUGGUUGCAGCUGGCAGCAUAUCGGGAAGGAGGGAGAAGGAGACGAGGCAGGAGUGUGGUGGCACCUGUGCCGUGAUGGAUUUGUGGAGAGGGGUGUAUUUAAGUGAUAAUGCCCAAAAAGCCGUGGUUUGGAGGACAUAUUGGCAUUCGUCUCGGGCCAGCAAACCGUGCCGAUAUGUCAUCCAAACCCUAGCUUUGAGGGCAUUAUCGCUUUAAUACAAUGGUUACCAACCUAUGAAAAUAUGUAAAUCAUUAUUUUAAUUCAUGAAUUUAUUCAUAUAAUUUCCAUCCUUUCUCGAGAUACAGUCCCACACACAAAUCUAGGGUCGCUUGUUGUUCAUUCUAUUGGCAUCGUUGCCAACCAAACCGGUCGUUAGUUCUAUACGUUCAAUGCCAAGCUAGCUUAGCUAUCUAAGCUAAAGGGCUAUACUAGACAAAAUUUGAUUUGAAUCAAUUUGUUAUCCUCGCACCUUAGCUAGCUAGUUGUAUGUUACUAUGAAAACCAGACCUACUUGCCGCCUGUCUUGUUUGGACAGUUUCAAUGAUUUGGUGGAGAUCGCAAUUCAAAAUUUAAUCAAAUCAAAAUUGUAUUUGUCACAUGCACCGGAAAUGCUUACUUACAAGCCUUAAACCAACAAUGCCAUUUUAAGAAAAAGAGAUGUAAAAGAAACAAGUAAUUAAAGAGCAGCAGUAAAAUAACAAUAGCGAAGCUAUAUACACAGGGGGUACUGGUACAGAGUCUAUGUGCGUGGGCACCAGUUAGUCAAGAUAAGAGGUAAUAUGUACAUGUAGCUAGAGUUAAAGUGAUCAUGCAUAGAUAAUGAAACCGAGUAGCAGUAGUGUAAAGGGGGGGGGGGCAGUGCAAAUUGUCUGGGUAGCCAUUUGAUUAGCUGUUCAGGAGUCUUAUGGCUUAAGGAUUGGCCCCCUUUUUCAAUAUUUGCCUAAAAUGUCAUACUCAAAUCUAACUGCCUGUAGCUCAGGCCCUGAAGCAAGGAUAUGCAUUUUAUUAAUACUAUUUUGAAAGGAAACACUUUGAAGUUUGGAAAUGUGAAAGGAAUGUAGGAGAAUGUAACACAUUAGAUCUGGUAAAAGAUAAUACAAAGAAAAAUUGUACCAUCUUUGAAAUGCAAGUGAAAGGCCAUACUGUAUUAUUCCAGCCCAGGCGCAACUUACAUUUUGGCCACUAGAUGGCAUCAGUGUAUAUGCACAGUUUUAGACUGAUCCAAUGAACCAUUGCAUUUAUGUGAAAAUGUUUCUAUCAGGACUGCCCAAAUGUGCCUAAUUGGUUUAUUAAUAACUUAAUGUUCAAAACUGUACACUCUCCUCAAACAAUAGCAUGGUAUUCUUUCACUGUAAUAGCUACUGUAAAUUGAACAGUGCAGUUAGGUUAAGAAGAAUUUAAGCCUUUUGCUUAUCAUAUAUGUCUGUCCUAGGAAAUGUUCCUGUUACUUACAACCUCAUGCUAAUCGCAUUAGCCUACGUUAGAAGCCGUCCCCCAGGGGGUCCACCGAUACUGAAGAAGUAGUUUAAGAAGCCUUUUGGAUACCUAGACAUGGUGCUCCGGUACCUCUUGCUGUGCGGGAGCAGAGAGAACAGUCUUUGACCAUUUUUAGGGCCUUCUGACACUGCCUUGUAUAGAGGUCCUGGAUGGCAGGAAGCUCGGAGUACAGGAGGGGACUGAGCAAGCACUCCCAUGGGCCCCCUGUGUUGAGGAUCAGCAUGGCGAAUGUUGUUACCCACCCUUACCACCUAGUGGCGGCCCAUCAGGAAGUCCAGGAUCCAGUUGCAGAGGGAGGUGUUUAGGCGCAGGGUCCUUAGCUUAGUAAUGAGCUUUGAGGGCACUAUGGUGUUGAACGCUGAGCUGUAGUGAAUGAACAGCAUUCUCACAUGGGUAUUCCUUUUGUCCAGGUGGGAAAGGGCAGUGUGGAGUGCAAUAGAAAUUGCAUCAUCUUUGGAUUUGUUGGGGAGGUAUGCAAAUUGGAGUGGGUCUAGGGUUUCUGGGAUAAUGUUAUUUAUGUGAGCCAUGACCAGCCUUUCAAAGCAUUUCAUGGUGACAGAAGUGAGUGCUACGGGUCGGAAGUCAUUUAGGCAGGUUACCUUAGUGUUCUUGGGCACAGGGACUAUGGUGGUCUGCUUGAAAUAUGUAGGCAUUACAGACUCAGUCAGGGUUGAAAAUGUCAGUGAAGACACUUGCCAGUUGGUCAGCGCAUGCUUGCAGUACACCUUGUAAAUCUGUCUGGCCCUGCGGCCUUGUGAAUGUUGACCUGUUUAUAGGUCUUACUCACAUCUGCUACGGAGAGUGUGAUCGCACAAUUGUCAGGGACAGCUGAUGCUCUCAUGCAUUUUUCAGUGUUCCUUGCAUAGAAGUCAUUUAACUUGUCUGGUAGGCUCGUGUCACUGGGCAGCUCUCGGCUGUGCUUCCCUUUUGUAGUCUGUAAUAGUUUGCAAGCCCUUCGAUGAGCUCUCGAGCCGGUGUAGUAGGAUUCAAUCUUAGUCCUGUAUUGACGCUUGGCCUGUUUAAUGGUUUGUCGGAGGGCAUAGCGGGAUUUCUUAUAAGCUUCCGGGUUAGAGUCCCGCUCUUUGAAAGCGGCAUCUCUACCCUUUAGCUCAGUGAGGAUGUCUGUAACCCCUGGCUUCUGGUUGGGGUAUGUACGUGCAGUCACUGUGGGGACGACAUCAUCGAUGCACUUGAAGCCAGUGACUGAUGUUGUGUACUCCUCAAUGCCAUUGGAAGAAUACCGAACAUAUUCCAGUCUGCUAGCAAAACAGUCCUGUAGCUUAGCAUCUGCAUCAUCUGACCACUUUUUUUAUUGACCGAGUCACUGGUGCUUCCUGCUUUAAUUUAUGCUUGUAAGCAGGAAUCAGGAGGAUUGAUUUAUGGUCAGAUUUGUCAAACGGAGGGCGAGGGAGAGCUUUGUACGCAUCUCUCUGUGAAGUUUAGGUAGAGUUUCUCCCCCCCCCUCUGGUUUAACAUGCAGGUAUAAAUUGGGUAAAAUGGAUUUGUAUCCUGCAUUAAAGUCCCCAGCCACUCUG